AGCAAAUGGGAACCAAAUUUUGACUCUAUUUAAUUAAUUUUACAAAAAUCAACUUAUACUAGUAAAUUUAUUUCAAAGUUGUUUUUCAUUAGUGUCUAUUAAAUUAAAUUUCAAAUAAUUGCACGUUAAGCGGUUUGACAACUCAAAUAUCCAAAAACUUGCUGCUUUGCUAUCACUGGCGGCGAAAUGUCAAGCGCCCAUUGUUGGAGAGCGAGAGAGCACCCAAAAAAAUAAUAAUUGAAAAAAAAGUUGAAUGAACAAGCGCCGCCGCGCCGCAUUGAGAGCGGAACACCAAAUACAAAGGAGCAAUCGCAUUCGCAGCAGCAGUGGCAGCAGAGUUGAAAAAGUUUGCGGGCGGGUUACACAAAAAAGUCGAGUGCUCGAAGAAAUUUGUGAAUAACUCCAGCAAAACGAAUUGUAUUAAUCGGAAUUUAUCAAUAGAAAUUGGAAAAAAGUGCAAGUGCAUUGUGUGAUUUAAUGAUAUGUCCAUGAAACGACCCAACGAUAUUUGAAUGUAAACAUAUGUACACGCAUACAAACAUAUGUACAUACAUAUUAUAUAUGAAAGUAGAGUAAAGUGUGUGCAAAAUAAUAAAACCGAAAGAAAGUAACAAAAAUUAAGUAGUGCAGCGUUUUUGUGUAUGUGUUUAACGAUAUAAUAUAAAAAAAAAGAAUAAAAUUACAACAGAAAGCAGUACGAACCGCACAAAACGCAUAAAUAUUAAUAGAAAUACAUACAUACAUAAAUUUCGUAAAAAAAAAAGAAACCCACAAUUACAUAAGUAAGUUUUUUCGAACACAUUUUAAUCGCUACAACAAAAAUAAUUAAAGUGAACAGCAGCAUCCGUUUAUCGGCAAAAUAAAGAAGAAAAUCCAAACAACAACAACAUUACAACAACUUGUGUUCAACUUAAAACGCGCUUUACAUCAACAAUUGCAUUGCAAUAAAUUCGCUGUAAUCGAAGCAAUUUGAUUAUUUCAUUCCGCUAACCACAAAAAAGAAAACCAAAACAAAAACAUAAAAGAAAAUGGGUUGCACAACAUCGGCCGAGGAACGUGCUGCCCUCCAGCGUUCAAAGCAAAUCGAAAAGAAUCUCAAAGAAGAUGGCAUUCAGGCGGCAAAAGACAUCAAACUCUUGCUACUGGGUGCUGGUGAAUCGGGUAAAAGCACAAUUGUCAAACAAAUGAAAAUUAUCCACGAAAGCGGGUUUACUCCAGAGGAUUUUAAACAAUAUCGGCCGGUUGUCUACAGCAACACAAUACAAUCAUUAGUUGCAAUACUUAGAGCGAUGCCAAUACUCGGUAUUGCGUAUCACAAUAAUGAACGGGAGAAUGAUGCAAAAAUGGUAUUUGAUGUUUGCCAACGCAUGCACGACACGGAACCAUUCUCAGAGGAGCUUUUGGCUGCCAUGAAACGAUUGUGGCAGGAAGUUGGCGUUCAAGAGUGCUUCUCACGUAGCAACGAAUAUCAAUUGAAUGAUUCAGCUAAAUAUUUCCUCGACGAUUUGGAUCGGUUAGGUGCCAAGGAUUAUCAGCCGACCGAACAGGAUAUUCUACGCACGCGUGUCAAGACGACCGGUAUUGUUGAAGUGCAUUUCUCAUUUAAAAAUCUCAAUUUCAAACUAUUUGACGUCGGUGGUCAGCGUUCAGAGCGAAAGAAGUGGAUACAUUGCUUCGAAGAUGUGACAGCGAUCAUUUUCUGUGUUGCAAUGUCUGAGUAUGAUCAGGUCUUGCAUGAAGAUGAGACUACGAACCGUAUGCAAGAGUCAUUGAAGCUCUUCGAUUCGAUUUGCAACAACAAAUGGUUCACUGAUACAUCUAUUAUAUUGUUCUUGAAUAAGAAAGAUUUGUUUGAAGAGAAGAUUCGCAAGAGUCCAUUGACAAUCUGCUUCCCUGAAUAUACAGGAGGUCAAGAAUACAGCGAAGCUGCUGCUUACAUUCAAGCUCAAUUCGAAGCGAAAAACAAAUCAACCUCAAAGGAAAUCUACUGCCACAUGACGUGCGCCACAGAUACAAAUAAUAUACAGUUUGUUUUCGACGCUGUUACCGAUGUCAUUAUUGCCAACAAUCUGCGCGGCUGCGGUUUGUAUUAAACAGCAACAACAACAGUAAGAGCAGCAGCAGCAGUUAAUUACAGCGCAGCAAACGAACCAAGCAACGCAUGGCGAAAAAUCAUUGUCGGACUCCAUCACCACCGCUUCAGUUACAACAACUACAAUUAUGAUAACAACAACAACAAGAAGUGACACAAGUGCAGCCAGUGCUAAAGCUACUACUAAAAAAUUUCAUCAGAAAAUGUCUUUCGAAUAUGCGAACAUUUUUCGAAAACUAAGAAAACUAAGCUCAACUACUGAGCUCAUGUCAGUGAUAAUGACAAAUUUAUAUAUUUUUACAGCAUACAAUGUGCUGGUGAACAGUUAAAUUAAUUUAAAAGUAUUGUUAAAAAUAUUUUUAACUCCAAUAUUUUACAGUUAUUUUUACAAAAUAAUCGAUACCAAUUUAAAUUACCAGAAAUUUAUGUACAUACAUACAUGUAAAUGCCAACGAUGGCGGUGAGUGAUGGAUAACUGAUUAAAUGAUUUGUUAAGGCGUUGCAUUAAACAAAUUGGCGCCGAAAGCGUAAGCUAAAGCGUAACACAACAGUGAAGGAGCGAAAUGUACAUUUUAGUCAAGCAAAUUGAACAAAAACCAACGCACACACACGCACACACACACGUACAUACACAUAAACACACACCAGAAACAUUAUUACUAAUUAAGCUUACUAAAAAAAACAAAAACAAAAAACGAUGAUAAAAUGAAGUAGUAGAAGCAGAGAAAGCAGUUAAAGCAGUAAAACAAAAAAAACUCUAAUAAUGCAGAAAAUUUAAUUAAUUAAAUCAUAAUUGAGAUUAAAAACUGGCAACACAAAACCAAAAGUAUAAAUUUAUAUAGUAUUAUAAAAGGCGAAAAAACCAGGUCAUUGUAAUGUAAAAUUCCGCAACAUUGUAAAAAAAGCCGUUUACUAAGUACAUAUACACAUACAUAUAUGUACAAGUAUGUAUGUAUGAACAUAUUAGAUCAACAGUAAACCGUACAGAAUUUGAAGUAAAUCAAAAGCAGAAAACUCAAUUUCGAGAAAACUCACCACUACUUCUACACUAGUUUACUGUAUAUGUAUAAACUACAUUAGGCUGAUACUUAGACAACACAACAACAACAACAAAACAACUGACCAUUUGCUAAACUAUUGACACAAUAUACAAGUACAUAUAUAAUUUAAAUAGAUUGAUUGAAUUUGUUAGUGAGUACGCUGUUGGGGUGGACACACGCACACUACCACAUACAUACAUGCGUAAAUGCAUAACUUAAAAGUAGCACAAACAUAAACGAACACACAAAUGUAUAAUUUAGAGAUUAUUUAUGAUAAAUUUUAAUACAAAAAGAAAAUAUGAAAUAUGCUGUUAUGUUAUGAUAGACGACACAAUUUGACUUGUGCUGGAAAAUUUUUAAUUUUUGUUAAAAAAUGUUUUUAUAAUUUUUUCCAACUCAAGGGAAUUAUUAAUUUUUUUUUUAAUAUUUUGUAUACAUAUAUAUAAUAUAUACAUUUCUUUGAUUAAUAGUUUUUUUUUUUAAUAUGUUCAAUUACAGACUGGUUCAAUCAUUUGUUUUUUAUCCUUUGUAUUAAUGAGGUUAGGUUUAUUUUGGUCUGAGCAAAUUGUAUUUUGUUGUCGUCGACUCUUUUGGCAACUUUUUAAUCUCUAGAAAGAAAUGUAAUAAACUGUCCAAAAAAUUUAAUUUUUUUUCUAGCAUUUUGAGUGCAUUUAGCAUUUGUUAGCGGUUAUGAUUGAUAAAUAUGAUCUUCUAAGAGCGCAUAAAUAUGUUUAUAAUAUAAAGGAAAUAUGCGUAACUUAAAUCAAAGUAAUUUGUAUCGACAUAACCUAAAAAAUGUAUACGGUUUAGUGCGUAUUUCGAAUUUCUACGCACUUUUUUCGUGAGAAAAUGUUUAUAAAAUGUCUACAGCAUUUAAAACGUGAUCAAAUAUGCAUAAAAAAUAUUUUCACUGGUCAAAUUGAAGAAAUUAUGUGAAUGAAUUUUGCAAUAUUUGAAGUUAGACGAAACAAACAUAAAAGAUUUGUACUAAUAAAAUUUUUCGUCUUAAUCGAAUUGGUUAAUGAACUGUAGAUACAUUUUUUAUAAUAAUUCGUUUAAAAAUUUCCUUUAAAAAAAAUUGAAAAGUCCAAUUAAAUUCAAUAUUUCAAAAUAAAAAUGUAAAUUUUUUAAAAUUUUCUUAGAGUUUAAAAUAUUUAUAAUACUCUAUCACCAUGUUAAAUAUUUUGAAAAAUAGUUAGCGUUAUUUGCAAUAUUUUCUGCAUGUUUUGAAGGUUUUUAAUUUUUAUGUGUAAACUAGAGCUGCCGGACGAUAUUUGAUAUGAUAUUUCCAAAUAUUUUCAUACAAAAAUUUGCGAUUCAUAAAAAUGCGGUACACGAUCUUUUUCUAUUUAUUGCGCUGCCACGGCCUCUCUUUCAGUCAAAAUUUUGUUUUAAUUUAAAAUUUUUGUUUGUAUAUACAUAUUUCUAGCACGCAUAAACACACGCACAUACAUAAACAGGCGUACAAUACCGUACAUCACAAUUGCAUAACAUACGUACAGUUAUAAAAACAAUAAAAAAUACAUUUAAAAAAGAAUGUAAUAUAAACGUGAGAUUUAUACUUAAAUGCAUAUUCAACCAUUAAAAUUAAAAUGUAUAAUAAAUUAAAAUAAAUAUAUUUAUGUAUUUAGUAAAAUGGCAUUUAACACGUUUUGUGUGUAAUUGUUUAUAUUGUACUAUGAUUACUACUAUUAUUAUUAAUGAUUAUAAUUAUUAUUGUUUAUGAUAUAUAUGUAUGUAUAAUGUAUUAUGAUAAAUGUAUAUGUAUUGCGUAUGAGCUGCCAGCUCGUUAUAAUUGAAUUUAUUUUUUAAUGUAAUGACUAAUGAUUUUUUUUUACUUUUUUAUAUUUUAUUUAUAUUUUUAAUGAUUCACGCUUACUUACAUACAUGCAUUUUUAAUUGCAUUUGACUUUUUGUUUUGCAAAAUAACUACCAGUAAAAUAUUUUGUUUUAGUUUAAUUUAUUAAAUAAAAUUCAAAAAUGUUUUAAAAAAAAAAAGCAAAUUAUGUAAAGAAUUUAGAAACUACACAACAUCACAUGAAUGCCAUGUCAAAUAUUUAACUAUAAAGAAUUUUUGUCUAGUAAAAUGUUACAAUUUUCUGCUCAGAGCAACUGAUUUGAUUUCUUAAUUUCUUAUUUUCACUGCUUACCUACAGUUAUUCACUAACUAAUCACAAUUAUGUUUUAUACCUUUUUUCUUUAUUUAGUUUAUAAAAACUGCAUCGAAAUUUGUACACUUUUCUUAAUUUUAUAAAUGUUUAGCUUUAAGUUGCCAUCGCUCUCUUGAGUUUCUUCAAAUUUCGCGUUUCAACAAUAUAAGCGCAUUGUUAUUAUUUUGUUGACCUAUACUUAUCGAAUAUUUUAUAAACUUCUUCAUUUUCUUUAAUUUUGUAUAAAAUUUUUAAAAGUCCCUAUUUUACUCUCUAUUCUUUUCUCUUCUAUAUAUGUAUGUAUAUAUAUAAAUAAAUAUAUAUAUUUAUAUAUAGAUUCGAUGCUAUCGUAAUUAAGUUAUUUUAAAUAAAUAAAAUGUACACUGUUACGCACAGAUAUACUUACUCUUACGUAUUAUCCACAUACUCGUAAGUUGCAAUUGUACCAAAAAUCAGUUUUAAAUAAAGCCUAAAUAAAUAUGUAUUUAAAAAAUAUCAUUUAAGUGUGCAACAAGUAUUUUGCAAAUGUUUCGCUUGCAAUAAAAUUUAGUUAUAAUAGGUAAUAGAUAAAUUGGUGUGAACACAAAUUUUACCGUAAUAUUAAUGAGUUCCACUACCACAUGCUGAGGGUAGUAGUAAAUGUUUAUGGGUUAAUAAUAAACGUGUUUACGCCAACUAUUUUAGUGUUUCAAUAUUUUGUAAA